UGAUUGGGCUCCGCGCGCCGCCAUUGGAGCCAAUCAGCGCUGCUGCGAGCGGGGGAGCCGGUGAGUGCGCGCGGGCUGAGAGGGGACGGGACUCGGGAGCAGACGGCGAUUGGUGUGCGACCGACCAACCACAGGACUAUCAUCAUUAUAAACAACAGGAAUUUAACCAGGCAGGAUCCGUGCGUGUCUUGGAGUCUGGGUUCGUUAUAAACUCUGAGCAUGGAGCAGUUCACUGAGGCGGCGAGCGGAGGAGAGCAGAUCGUGGUGCAGACGGCUGGUGGAUCGGUGCAGCAGCAGAGCACAGUGACUGCAGUGCAGCUGCAGGCCGAAGGUCAGGUGGAUGCGGGUGCGGCCCAGCAGGUGCAGACACUCCAGGUAGUUCAAGGACAGCCUUUAAUGGUGCAGGUCAGCGGGGGUCAGCUGAUCACCCCUUCUGGGCAGCCCAUAAUGGUACAGGCCAUGCCGGGAGGACAGACGCAGACCAUCAUGCAGCUACCAGUGACGGGCUCACAGGGUCUUCAGCAGAUCCAGCUCGUGCAGCCGGGACAGAUUCAGCUCUCAGGAGGCCAAACGCUGCAGGUCCAAACUGCACAGGGACAGACGCAGCAGAUCAUCAUCCAGCAGCCACAGACAGCAGUGACCGCGGGACAGAACCAGCCUCAGCAGAUCACAGUUCAGGGUCAGCAGGCUCAGACGGCGGAGGGACAGACCAUCCUGUACCAGCCGGUCAACGCUGAUGGAACCAUCCUCCCACAGGGUAUGAUCACUAUCCCAGCCGCCAGUUUAGCCGGAGGUCAGAUCAUCCAGACAGGUUCAAAUGCAAGCAGCACCGGAGGUCAGGGCACCGUGACUGUUGCAGUUCCUGUUUCAGGAAACGUGGUUAAUGCUGGUGGAAUGGUUAUGAUGGUCCAAAGCGGUGGCUCGGUCCCGACCAUGCAGAGGAUCCCCCUGCCCGGAGCAGAGAUGCUGGAGGAGGAGCCGCUCUACGUCAACGCCAAACAGUACCACCGCAUCCUGAAGAGACGCCAGGCCCGCGCCAAGCUGGAGGCCGAGGGCAAGAUCCCCAAAGAGAGGAGGAAAUACCUCCAUGAGUCUCGUCAUCGGCACGCCAUGGCGAGGAAACGCGGCGACGGCGGGCGAUUCUUUUCGGGGAAGGAGAAGGACGAGAUGGGCAUGCAGGAGGAGUCUGAGGAGUCCCCGGUUGGAGACGAAGCCGUGACUCAGAUGAUCAGCGUCUCAUAACCCUUCGUACCUGCAUGAAAGGUUGCUCCGAACUCCAGCCGGUGCUGUGUACAGAUUUCUACACUGAGUCUGGUGCUUCAAGAACAAGAAAGCUGAUCUAUGAUCAGUUUUUUUUUAAAUGUCUUGUAAAUAAUGCUAAUGCAGAGCUGAUCCCAGAUCAGUGCCCUGCAGACCUGAAUAUUCCUCUAUGAAAGCAUGGAAGGACUCGAAGUGCGUGUUUAUUACACGUCAUGCGAUGCGUCCAGGCGACUCCCGGGGGCGCUCACGUGUGCUGAUCUGAUCAGCUUCAGAGCAUGAGUUUUAAUCUUUAAUCUUUGUUUUAAAUGUUAAUGUUGUAGUGAAACAACACCUGUGUUUAGAAGAAGCAGCUUAUAUAAACAUGUGUUGUGUUUAUUGAAAUACAUUUCCUCAUACAUUUUGUGAAAAAUAUUUUUGCUGACUAUGCGUUUUCACACCGAAAUCCAAAAAAA